AUGUCACAAUAUCGACCACCGAAACCAAUCGAUGAACCAACCUAUCUAUUUGAGUUAAUUAAGCACCAAUACAAAAGAAAUGGCCGUAUUGAACGUUUGAUGAAUCCAUCAAUAUCUUUUCCAAUCGAGCAAGGUUAUAUUAAUUUGGCCAUCUUAGAAACUCAAGAACAGCAACAAAAAGAAAAGAAGCUUCGUGAGACUCAAAAAAAUGAGUCAAUCAUCGGUACGUUCGAAGAGAUUUACGGCAUCAAGAAUCCAAUAGAUAUCAAGGAUAUUUUUGAAAAAUGCAAGGAUACGAGAAAAAAAGUGCUUGUACUUGGACGAGCUGGAAUCGGAAAAUCAACAUUUUCUCGUUACGUUACUUACCGAUGGGCACAAGGCGAAAUCUGGUCUCAAUACGAAUUGGUUGUUUUAAUACCGUUGCGGUGUUUAACAGAAGAUCGCUACCCAUUGGGCACCGACUAUUGUCCGUUUGAUAUAGUGAAACGACAAUACUUUCCCUAUCACGAUCUAUCCGAAGAAGAAAAAACACUUUUAAAACCGCAACUUAGUAAAAAUCGAGUCUUAUGGCUUUUGGAUGGCUACGACGAAACCUUUGGAAACAUUCCCAAACAUCUGGAAGAUUUAAUAAAACAACUACUUAAUACUACACAUCAUAUCUUGACAUCUCGUCCAUAUGCAAUUACACUACCAUACGAUGUGAAAAUGGAAAUAACAGGAUUCACAAAUGAUAAUAUUGCGAAAACAUAUAUAUAUAAAUUUCGUUUUGACAAUUCUGAUGAACAUGUUCAUCUCACUCUACAACAAAUUGAUCGUAUUGCUUAUUUAUCUGCUCUUAUAGCAAAUAAAAAUGAUUUUUCAUCAAUUCCAAACCAAAAUGGUGAAUAUAUAUUAAAACCUCCAAUUAAUUAUACUUCGUUCAUGGCUAUUCUUCAUUCAGUCACAUCUGAACAACCGUAUAUACUAUUUCAUGAAUUACCUGAAGAUGAAAAUAUAUUGGAAAUACUUUAA